AUGAGUUCACCAAGAGCGAGACCAAAAUCAGAUAUGGAUAUUGAAAAGCAUCGUGAAGAAGGUAAUUGGCAGCAAUGUUUAAAGCUAGCACAACAAAGUACCGAACAUAAAGAGCUGCAAAAUUUUCUCACUGGCGAAGCGAAAUUGGAGAUUUUUCUGGAAGAGAUAGCCAAAAAGAAUGGCGAUUCAAAAAGCAAACAAAAUGAUGAAAUCGAUUCGACCGUAUUGGAUGAGGCUAAAAGUUUCCUAAAGAAAUGUAUCGAAGGUAAUGAUGAAACGCCGUUGAUGAUGGAUGCAAAUCUUUUACUAGCCAAAGCCUAUUACAUAUCGGGUGAUUAUCAUGAUGCAUUGAAUUAUAUUCGCCAAUCCGGUAUCGAUUCGAUUCUAGAUGUUGAUCGAAAUCUGCCUUUACGUGUGAUCAAAUUGAUUGCCGAAUCCUUUACAGUGAAAGGAAUGUCGUUGGAAAAGAUUUCCAAUCUAAAACCAUUGAAAUAUAUUGACCAGGUUUAUGAUCUGGCCGAUAGUUAUGCUAAAUCAGCCGAUAAAGAAUGGAACAUGAAUGGCGGUGGCAGUAAAUUUCGAAAGCAAACAACAUUCGAAGAUAAAGAAUCAUAUCGAACACAGAUUGAUUGCCUUCAAAAAGCAUCAAUGUUGGCCAUGAGAUAUGUGCAUGGAAUCACUCAACUUCGUGGUCCAUAUUUGAUCGUCAAUUUAGGCUGUAUUCUUGAAAGUGCAUUGUUAAAAACACACCAUGUAUUUAUUAAAAAUGACCAUUCACAAGGUGCAAUCGAUUAUUGCCGUCGAAUGUUGAAUGUUUGUGAAACGAAUUCAACGCUGAACAUUCGACAAUUAUUAUCGAAAGAAUUGGCCGAAAUCCUGAUCAAAGGAAUGUGUCGUAGUGUUUGGAAAAAACCCGAACAUCAUCUCAAACAACAAUCAAAUCCACCAAUUUAUUUUGGUAAUUCAUUAUUUUUACCACAAGAAUUCGAAGAAGAAGUAAUGCUAUUACUGAUGCUAAGCGAAGCAUUAGCCUCAUUGAAUGUAUUGCUCGAACGUAGUCCAGAUUUUCAUGAAAGUCGUGUGCAAUCAUUGAAUAAAGUGUUAUUGAUACAGGAUCUAUUUACAAUGUUUUUGGUACCGCUACAAUGUUAUUAUGUGGAUACAUACGAACGAGCAAUGAAAUAUAGUUACGAAGUGAAACACGUUUGGUAUCAAUUUGCAUUGACAUUGAUGGAAUCGAAAAAAAGUCCCCUUAGAAGUUAUUUACUAUUCAAAGAAGUAAUUCGUAUGGACCCACAGGAUCCGAUUCCUUGUCUCUUUGCAGCCAAAUUAUGUUUAACCGAAUUAAAUCGUUUUGAGGAUGCAAACGAAAUUCUACAAGAUGCAUUGAAUCGUCAUGAAAAAUUGAUCGAAAAUCGUAAAAAACAAAGUAUAACAAGUAGUAUAGAUGCUUAUGCCGGUCAACAAUCGUACGAAUCAUCGGCAUUGAUCAAUCAUAUUAAUGAGAUUUAUGGUGAACAAAAUCUAUUACAUCACAUCUAUCUCUUGUUAGGCAUUACCAAUGCUUUGUUAUAUGAAUCUGAUACAGAAACGUCAAAAAAAUUUCGAAAAAAAUAUCUAGCUGAUUCUGUGGGUCAUUUAAAUGAAUCGAUAGAGCAAGAUAUUUAUGGCAAUGAUCAUCUGCCUUAUUUUCAUCUUGCUCUUCACCUAGCACAUCAACGAGUGUUGAAAGAAGCAAUUAAAUAUGUUCGUGUGUCUUUAUUAUUGAAUGGACAUCAUUUACCAUCAAUACAAUUAUUAAUAUUAUGUUUGACUGGCCUGAAACAAUAUGAUGAAGCUUAUGAACUUUGUCAGAAUGCAUUGAAAGAAUAUGAAUCGCAUCUAAUAUUGUUGUACAUAAAAGCAAACCUGGAACGAAUCGUAUGUGAGAAUGGUCACGAAUUGGCUUUGUUAACGGCCAAAGAAAUGCUUAAACAAUGGAGAUUAGUCGCCGGUGAAGAGAAUCGACGUCUCAGUCCUCGUGCAUCAUAUUGUUCAUUCAUUCCGACUAUCAAUUAUGAUACAAUGUCGCUUCGAAUGGAGCAAACAUUGAGCGAAGUAAUAUCAUUGGAAUCGGCUCCCGUUGGUAGCGGCAGUAAUUCGGCUGGUCAACAGCUACAUCAGCCCCAGGAUCUAUCAUUCGGUCAAUCGGAUCGGUUAUAUCUAAGUCAGGCCAGUAGUGUGAAUGGAUCGAAUCUGGUGCUCAACGAAAAUCGGCCUUGUUCACAAGCAUUCGAAAUGCAAAUCUGGUUAUUGAUUGUCGAAUUGUUUCUUCAAUUGGAUCAGAUAAAUGAAGCUGAAACCUGUGUAAAUGAUGGCGCAGUAGCUGUUUUUGGUCAAUUAUCACAUCAGCUGAUGUACAUAAAAGGAGUGAUUAGUAAGAAACGUGGACAUUAUUAUGAUGCUAAAAUACAUUUCCAUAAUGCCAUAUCAAUUAAUCCUAAACAUGCUCAAGCUUUACAACAACUUGGCCAUACCUAUCAUAUGUUGGGCAAUCAGAUAAUUGCAGAAAAAUAUCUUAAAGAUUCACUAAAUAUUGAUUCAACACGUCAUGAAACAUGGUGUUAUCUGGGCCUAGUACUCGAUGCAAUGAAUGAAGAUGAACGUGCAACUGAAUGUCAUUUAACAUCGAUUCGUUUGGAAGAAUCUAGUCCAUUGCUUCCAUUCUCAAUCAUUCCUCGAUGCGUUCUAGAAUAAUGUUAAUAUUAAUUUGUUUGUUCUGUUUGUGUUUUGUUGAUUGCUAUUGUUUAUUUUUUUUUCUUCACAAUUCUAAUUGUAUUUGGAUCGCUAUAUUUUAUUGUGUGUGUGUAUGUGUGUUUGUUGA